CAUCAUAUAACUUGAAAAUGCUCUUCAACUGUCAUUAAAGUCAAUGGAACCAUUGCAGCAAAAAGACUGAUCCCAUAGCUCAACCCACCUCUGCAGUAAUAUAGAGAUUCAAAGUAAAAACAUGCCAAAUUCAAAUGUUUGAUGGACAUGGCAGUCAUUCUCCCAUUAGUUGAACCGUCAAUUGUUAUUCAGUUAUUGGUUGAAACCAGCAUCAAACAAAGCUUUAGUAAACUAUCCUCAAUAACUGCAUAUGUUAAAUAGCAAUGAUGUAAUAAUAUUGACUGUAUACAAUAUAUUUGAUCUAGUGGUCACUGCUAAAAUCACAUUCUAGAACUAAAGCUGACAUCACUGAAAAACUGAUGUUGAAAACUGCACAAUCUUCAUCAGAUGAUGAAACAAGGGUUGACAAUGCCUGGUAGCUGUUGAUUGGCUGUGAAACUGAUGACAUCACAAAGGAGGAAGAUUGAAUGCUGUAGCAACACCAGUGAGUGGGUCAUCACAGUGAAGCUUGUUGAUAUGCAUGUUGUGGGAAUCCCUCCACAGCACAUUCAUAAUCAUAGCUCCCCUGGGCAUGGAAGAUUUAUCUAAGGUUUUUCAUGUGCGGGCUUCUGUAUGAAGGAAUAUGUUCCAAGGAGGAUUUUCCUGGCAGAAGCUUAGAAAGAUUUAUGCCCACAACAUCUCUGGUCUGCAGAACUCUGCAGAUGGGGCGGAGUCGGGUGUGUCCUCGCCGUCGAUGUUCACGGCAACCAUCUCACAGAUGGUCACGGAGAUCAUCGGACCUAAAGAAGCUGGACUGAAAAAGCCAACGAUACCUGAGGGGAAAACCAGGCACUUAUGCGAUGUGUACAACUCCCUGUCAACAGAAGACAAGGCGACGUUCCUACGGGUAGUCUCACAGCAGUUUGGUACAGAUCACGAUGAAGUACUGAAGGCUGCAGAGGGUCUACCACAAGCAAAGGAGAAAAGUGAAGGUGCCUUGCUGAAGGCGGAGGAGAGACUACAGGCAGCGCUGGUACCCAGGUACCAUGACCUGUUUGUGCAGAUCGGUCGACUGGAGGGCGGAGUCAAACAUCUGGUGGACAUGAGAGCAGACACACUGGACCUCCUGUCUUCAGUAAAAGACAGUGCAGAGCUGCGGAGCUUCAGCUCGUGUUUGAGAGAGAUGCUGUCUCAUUGGUUCUCAGCAGGGCUGCUACAUCUUCAGAGGAUAACAUGGGAGUCAUCAUGUGAUAUCCUACAGAAGAUUAGUGAGUACGAGGCUGUCCACCCCAUGAGGAACUGGUCGGACCUGAAGCGGAGGGUGGGGCCCUACAGGAGGUGCUUCAUCUUCACUCACAGCACCAUGCCCAGGGAACCUAUGGUGGUCCUGCACACAGCACUCACCAAUCAGAUCUCAGAUAACAUCCAGACCAUUGUAUCAACCCCCAUCCUGGAUGAGGAGGAUGUGGACAACAUCAACACUGCCAUCUUUUACUCCAUCACCUCUACACAGAAAGGUCUCCAGGGAGUUGAACUUGGAAACUACCUCAUCAAGCGGGUUGUACGGGAACUGCAGGCAGAGUUUCCUAAGAUGACCCAGUUCUCGUCCCUCUCCCCCAUCCCCGGCUUCCGUGAUUGGUUGGUUGGAGAGAUCAACAAGGUGCUAGGCUCUACAGAGUCUUCCUCAUCAGAAGACAGUGGGGUUGAUGGUCCUUCAUCUACAGCUCCAACCCUCCUGACUUCAGCUGAGCUUCAGAAGGUGGCGGAGAUUGCAGGGAAGGAAGAUGUGUCACCAUUGGUCACACUGAAGAAACUUCUACAGACCAACCAGUGGAUGGGAGCAGAGUCCAUGGUGGAGGUACUGAAGGAUCCACUUAUGAGAUUAUGUGCAAGGUAUCUGUAUCUUGAGAAGAGGAGAGGAUAUGCCGUCAAUCCUGUAGCUAAUUUCCACUUGAGAAACGGGGCGGUUCUGUGGAGGCUGAACUGGCAGGCGGACACGGGUCCCCGUGGCAUCAGUCAGUCAUGUGGGGUCAUGGUCAACUACAGAUAUUUCCUGGGGGACACGAUGAGGAACAGCCAGCGCUACAUGGAGGAACAGCACAUCGAGGCCUCCCAGCAGGUCAUCGACCUCGCACAGGCUGCAGGGGGGGCGGACAGUCCAGCUGGGAAGAGUAAUCUGUAGGGGGGUCCUGGAGGACGGGGUACUUAGUAUAGUAGGUGGGGGACAUACAUGUGUAUUCAACAGGAAAGGGGAGUUGAAGGUGAAAAGGUGUUGGCAUCCUAACUUUGUAUAAAGAGGUCAUAGAGUCAGAAUGCUUAUACUGACAAGCAAAUCUUCUGAACCAAUUAUGUGCUAGUGCCUGGUAAAGUUGUGUGGUAGAGAUUCAUGCACUAGCAUACAUCUAAACAAUAAUGCAUGACUACAGCUGCAGUAUGCGGGAAUGGUAAGGGCUAUUUUUCAACAUAGUAGAAGAUUAUAUCUGGAUUUUAUUCAGGAUUAUAAAAUGUAUGAAUGAGGUCAAGGAGCUUUCAUCAUGUUGCAAACAAUGAUUUGCUGAUUUAUUGAAUUUGUUGAUAUUGCUAAGAGAAGUCGGUUUCUGAUCAUGACUCUUUGAUGUGGUUGUCCAUUGUGGAGAAUCUGCUAUUGCCCAUGUACAAAUUUUAAAUAAUACCUAUGGUAGUUGUAUUUGGAAUGUUACAUAUACAACACCAAGAUUUAUAACUAAUAUGUACUUGCUUCAUAUAUGUGAAAUUUAACACCAAUAUAGAAGGUAGAAGGAAACUAAAUCAUGAGAAGUACAUGAUUCCGAGCAAUGACUUCCCAACAUAGCAAGUGGUGACUUUGUUUGAACAAGUUCAAGAGGUUCUGCUCUGUGUACCAGUAGCAUGUGAAUAUCCAGAAACUUCCAAUUCAAAAUAUAACCCCAGUGUGUGUAAGUAGAGCUUGAUAAGUGUACAGGGAUCUGAGUCAGAAACAUUGCUUUUUUAAUUCUUCCAUUCUGGUUCUCUAGAUAUACAGCACUGGCAAGAACAUUUGACAGCAAUAAUGGGUACAUGUGUACAUUUGUAUGGUACAAUCGACAUAUCUACGCUGCUGAUGGACACUUCUCAAUAGCAGGCACUAUUGCCUUUUUCCAUUGUACCACUGGCCAUUUUCUGUUGUAAUAUAACAUCAUGAAGAGAGAAUUUAGUUGUAUAAAUAGGAAGAGAUGAAAUGAGAAUGAUGAGAUUCCAGGUUAAUAUGGGGCGCUUCUAAUGUAAAUUGUGGGGGAGAACAGGCUCAGAGUCUGUACUUCUCAGACUUCAUAAAUGCGCACAAUUACAGAUGGGAAAGUGUAUACAUCUACAAUAAUUGAUGCUAAAAUUCAGCUACAAUAAUUAAAGGAAACAUGUAAAUUGCAA